ACAGUGUUGGUGUAGCCUAAUUUCCGACAGCACCUGAAGGCCUCAACAGUCACGUGAAAUAUCACGAGACGGAAAUGGGCAGCUGAGCUCCGACAGAUAAUAAUAACAAGAAGAUUAAGAAGAAGAAUGACGACGGCGGCGUCUCUGACCGCGGGGCUGGAGCGGAUCCCGGACCAGCUCGGCUACCUGGUCAUCAGCGAGGACGGGGUUCUGGCCUCUGCGGGGGAGCUGGAGAACGAUGAGGUCACAGCCGGCGUGAUGAUGCAGAUGGUUCGGACAGCCAGUCGGCUCCGGUUCCCGGGAUCAGCUGAUCCCCCCUUCAAACGCAUGUCAGUGGUUCUGGAGGACUUUGUUUACGCGGUGACGGUUUCUGGUCAGAAGGUUUUCGUGGUCAAACGUCACAACAACCAGCAGGAGCCGAUCGACGCUCUGAGGCCGGGACACGUGAAGUGAGACGGCCAGAAGACCAUUAUCUGUUUCUAACUCUGUUAAAUAAAGUUGUGGAUGUUUGAAUGUGCGUUUAACUGAAUAAACUUUGUUAUGAAUAU